AUGAUACGCCCCACCAACUCGGACCUCAACCAGUGUCGGGUGAGUCUCCUGUCUAAGCAUGGCUAGAAAUAUGAAAAGCUCCUCAGUAGUGUGAUAUUGUCAUUUAUGAAUUCAAACCAAGCAUUCACAGUUGAUGAUAUUGAGAGGAAAUUUAUAGUUAAGCUUUCGUCCACCUCCUAAGGUUCCUCCGAAAAAUUGCCUUCAGCCUAUUCUAACUCUAUAAAUUUCAAGAAUAUGUCUCCAAAUAAAGGAGAGUAAAUUUAAAAGCCAGAUAGAAAUGGGAUGAUGACAACUGUUUUAACACCAAGAAAAAAUGAGGAUAUGUAUAACUAGGGCUCAAUUGAAAGGAAUCAAAAUAACAGUAUCAGUAAGGGAGACAAUAGAAAUAUCAACUCCUCUUAAUAUCUUAAAAAUAAACGGUACACUCUGCAACUUUCUCCCCUUGAGGCAUAAUAAAGAGCAGCUUCCAAGACUAAUCAAUCUCAUAGUAUAAAUCUUAGAGCAUCUGCAGGAUCAAAUAAUGAACAUUACUCUCGAACAUUUGCCAAAUCUCAUACAAGAGAUCAUAAUAAUCAUGAUGCAAAGCUCUAAAAUCUGGCACUCUCCCCAUAAAAUGAUUAUUCGCUUAUGAGUGGAAAUGGAAACGACUACAGUCCCUUCCUGAAUAAGGCUAAAUUAUAUCAAAACGUCCAGAAUAAGAAUAGCACCAUAGACAAACUAAAUAAUACGAUUACUUUUGAGAAUAAUCUGCACAACCAGUUCAUGAAGACACAUGCAACAUUUAAGUCAUCUGCACAGAAUCCUCUUAACAAGAUUUAAUUCUUCAACAACUCAUAGAUGUAUGAUAAUCUUUAUGAUAUUUCACCAAACAAUAAAACUCCAGGAGGUAGUAAUCCGAUGAAUUCCACAGCUUAGAGUAGCUUUUAUCUGACUAAGCGUAAGAAGAACUACACAAUGUGGGACAUUAUCACACUUCAAGACUCCUAUAAGGCUAAAAUAGAUGAGAAUUUUGAGAAACAGUAAAAACGCGAUCAUCUUUAAUAACUAGCUCAUUUCAAUAAAUUGCAAUAGCAGUCUAAGUAAAACCAAAUGGAGACUACUAUAAGUUAUCAAAAGAGAUAGGAGUAGAAAGAGUUAAAAAAGUACAUGGACACAAAUAAUGCUAUUGAGGAAAUGUAUAGACUACAGAGACUCCAAAACUUGUAGUAAGUUUAAAAGGAUAAUCUUCAGAAGCAUCAUCUUAGAACCAGUAAAAAUAACUUGGAGUUGCUGUAAAAUAAUCUAACUGAGUAGUAGACAUAAGAGAAUGCAGAGAUGAUGUUUGAGUAGAAUAAACUUAGAGAGCAGUAAAGAAUACAGUUUAAGAAAAUGUAGAUGAGAUAAGAGCUCUUGACUGAUAUCAAGGAGAAAAAGAAUAGCAAAAAGAACUUUGAGAAACUUGACAAGACUGAGGAGAUUGUGAGUUUAUAGGAGGUGAAAAAGCAGAUGGAUUAAAGAGAUUAGAAUUUAAGAGAUCAUUUGAAUAAGAUUCAGCAAAGGGAUGAUUUACUUUAAAAGUACUAUCAAAAACCUUAGAUCAAGACCCAUUCAUAGAAUGAGUAUCUAAAGACCAAAGAGAUAGAUGAUAUCAUAAAGAAAUAAGAAGCUGAGGUUAAGAGAUAGGAGUAGGAACGAGAAAGAGCUAAGGCCUAAAGGAAAAGGUAGAUGAUCCAGGAGAUGGUAACAACUAAUAAAAUAUUCGAGAAUUAAAGUGUCAACUCCACAAUGAACAGAACAUUCAUGAGAUAAACUACGAGUGAUCUAGAAUCCUAGAAUGCGGCUAUAAUGAUGAAUGAGCAUUAGAUUGCGUUUAAUAAAAGAAAUAACGAUUUAAUGAAUAAGACUUCACUCAGAGAUGAACUAUAGAGAUAAAUGAUAGAGAAAGAACAAAGAAGAAUUUAGGAAAAGCUAACUGUAGAGGAUAAAUAGUUUGCUACUAGCAAGAAACUUCUGAUGAGAUCUAUAAGCCCAGACUUGAUGGGUUCAAAAGGUUUCGACCAGUUGGAAAACGAGGAUCAGAGGGUGGCAGAAGAGAUUGACAGACUUAAUCGUCUUUUAAAAUGA